GUGAUCAUUUCUAAAAGGAGGAUUGUCGCUCGUUGAAGACUGUCUGAAAAAGGGUAUAUUCAGUUCUUUACCCACCUGUUGGGGCGGUGAGGGUAAGUAGCCGGAUAUGUAUGAAGACAUGUUCUCAAAAAAGGGAAAAUUCAAAAGUCCAUGACUGUCCCAACUUACAAAGAUAAGGUUCAGUAAUAGAUAGUGGUGGUUAUAGAUACUCGUUAGGUCCUGGGAACAGUUUCUGUGCGCAUGGCAAUCCGGAUUGAUCAUUCUGAUGGUCUCGAUCUAGCGUCACUUCAAAGACGCGAGGGUUUGAUGAGUUGUCAAACACUUUGCGACAAAACUCACUGAUCAAGGUAAUCCUUAGCCUCUGUUCAUGAUGGACUCGACAAUUUCCGUGAGCCAUAGCAGGAAAGACGAAGUGGUAAAGGUAAUCUGUGAGUGAAAAGCAUGAACACUCGUCCGAAAUGUGAAGCCGCAAACAUUACGAUCAAUACUUUGCCUUCCGACAGAAGCCUGAACAACCAGUUUCGAGAGAAUGGCUAUCGAGGCACUACGCUUCUCUCUCUCUCGCAAAACAUAAAAACGGCUCUAAAUUUAACGCCAAUGUCGAGACGCUUCGCUUAUUCGGGUUUCACCCUUCCCAGCCGUGACCGUGACUGGGAUGGGUACCAAUCCUCUCCUGACCCGUACUACAGAAACACCAGGGCCGAGUCCUCAUAUAGCCCUACCCGACGGACAGUAGGCUACCGUCAAUCCUCGAGUGCCUUCUAUUCUCAGGAACCGAGACGUCCCGCUGAUGGGACCCACGGCCAAUCAUCCUUCAUCGACAGUCCUACAAGACCGCGCGGCUCAAGGAGAAUCCUCGACGACUCGGAUUAUGAUGCCGACUAUUCCGACCAGUGGAGCGGCAGUGCUGCAAGGGGUCCUGCGCGAUUCGGCGGCUAUGGCUUCAACGCAACGCUGCGAGGAUCGAAUCUACACGGUCGUUCUAGGGUCCAAACACCGCCGGCAUCAUUCACAUAUGACAACUCGGAGGCUCGCCGCUCAGAAAGCGGUUCCGAUUAUAGCGGCGACGUGAUAUAUGCCCGCCGCGGGCGCAGUCCGGUUCGUAGGGGGUAUUCGCCUUCACCAACUCGAACGCAGGGAUCGUUCUGGAGCAGUCCGGGUCGCGAUCGGGGAUGGAGUCGGUCAGCUCGGGUGUUUAGACCGCCGUCUCCUGUCCGGAGGAGCUGGAUAUCGUCGGAUCCCCCGCGCCAACAGAACAAUACAUCCGGCCGUCGGUCGUACAUAUACGAUGACAGUCUUGGAGGUAGACGCAGUGGGACUUGGAGUGGCUCUAGUCCCUCCCCACCGCGGAGAAACACAGGCACGAACCAGGGUAAUCUUCGGUUCACUAGUUACGCGAGCGAGGAUAGUCCGAUUCGGUCGCCACGAUCACCAGAUUCUCAGACUGCAAAUGGGUGGUCGGACUAUUUUCAGCCGACAGAGUCGAGUCGGUACCGCGGGUACUGGUGA